AUGAAUAACUAAGAAUUAUUACAAUUGGUAGAUAUUGAUCAAGAGGCUGGAUGGCGUAUUUUGUAAUCGAAAAAUAUCAAGUUGAGUGAUAUUAUCUACUCAGAUUUUAAUUAACAAUAAUUGGCGAUUUGUUUAAAAGAUUAUACAAUUUUUGAGCAAUGCCUUAAUCAUGUGUUAGAAUAUGAAAAUAAUGAGUUAUUUCAAUUCAUCUACUAAUAUUUCGAUAAAGAAUUCACUUACAAUUGUCUUUAGAUGGAACCUUGCUUUUCAUGCUACAAACAUACAGAUGUGAUUGAAUAGAUAAAGAAACCAAUUUCAAAUGGGGCAAAGUCUAAAAUCAUCACAUAUCAAUUUUCAAAGAUCUAUGAAAUAUCUGAGAUUCAAUUAGACAUGAGAGAAGAGAUUUAGGGACGCAUUAGAAUUCAUUUACCUGGAGAGGAAAUCAUUCCUUUUUCAUAAGAGCUCAAACCUCCAAUAAUAGCGCAAUCAAUAACGUUGGAGUACCCUCUACAAGAAAUAGAGAGACACUCAAAUAUUUGUAUUUGCAGCACUUUUAGAAGAGAGGUAGAAGAAUGUCCAAGAUGUUAAGGGAAAUCAUUUUAAAUAUCGUUUUCUUGUAAACCAGUGAUAGAUAUUGAGCCAAUUACAAAUGAAUCAGAAGUACAAUAAAUAAAUAACAUAAUAUCCGAUUUAGAAUAGGUGAAGUAGUAGAACUAUGAAAAGUUGAUGGAAUAUUAUAAUGCUAUAUCCUAGUAUAAGUUUAAGGUUUAAAUGAUCCAAAUGAUGAAGGAUGCGUAUAAGGAAUUUAAUUAAGCAGCAAUUCUAUCAAAAAGGUAUAGCAGAAGAGUGAGACAAUUUUAUAAUGGGAUGGAAGAUGAGAGGGAAUUGUGUUAGUUUUCAAAAUGUGUUGAAUGCAGUAGAAGAGUGCUAUGUUCAGCUGAGAAUGUGAGUGAAUCAUUGUUAAGAAAACUGUACUUUUCGAAUAAUGUCACUCAUAAAGAGAGGGAAACAGCUAUUAAAUUACUCAAGCCAACAAUAAAAUAUAGUGUAAAUGAUUUAGAUUAGAUUGCAAAUAAUGAGGAUGUUUACAAGGAGUUCUGUUUGUAGGCCCAAUUGUAUUUGAAGGGAGAGAAUAAGAUGGAGUUUAUUACCCACUUUUUGAAUAGAUGUAAGGAAUUGAAAUUAGAUGACAUCAUUAUAGCAAUAUUGAAGACUUUAAAUCAGGUAUAGAUCACUUAGAUUCAACAAUUGUUAUGUGAUAUAAAAGUAGAGAGUAUUUGCUUAAAGGAUAAUAUUAUUAGUUAGUUAUUUUUAAUAAAGAAUGUAGAAGUUUAGGAUUAGUUAAGGGAGUUGGUUAUUAGUGUUUGCAAAGUAGAUGAGAUCUUAGGAUUGAACCUAUUCUUAAAUGGGUUAGAAUACACUAAUGAUACAUCUUUCUAUUAGCUGUUUGAUGAGAUCAAGAUAAAGACAGCAGGAGAUGCAGUCGUUGAAUAUUUGGUGGGAUUUAUUAAAGAAAAUUAUAGGAAAUUGGAAUCAUAGAAAAUAUUGAAAUGCUUUGAGAUGAUUUAGAAAUGUUGGAAUAUUCUUAGCAACGAUCAAUUGAAAUGGUAUAUUGAAUUGGAUAAGCUAUUUAAUCAUAUUGGUUAGAACAAUGCUAGAAUAAAUCAAAUAUACAAUCAUUUGUAUUAGAAUAUGCAGAUUAAUGAUAAUUUUGAAAUUCUUAAAUACUUCAUUCUCUAAUUAUUGAAUGAAAAUCAAUAGAAUCAGUAAAUCCAAAGACUAUCAUAAAUGAUUCAUAAUCUUUUGUUUAAGAAGUUGGAAUUCAGGAUUAGAAUCUGGCCAUAUAAAACCAAUCAAUAAUUUUAUUAAAAGGAGGUAGAGUACUCAUCACUCAAUUUUGAAACAUUAGAACAAUUGAAAGAAAUGGCUUAAAAAGAUUUAGGAUUGGAGCCCCAAUUUGAUUUAAUUAUUUAAGAAAGGAUCGUAAAUGACACCAGUCUUGAUUUAGAGUUAGUAUACAAAUAGUUCUACAUCCCUGAAAAGGCAAAGCAAUUUAAGAAUGGGUAGAAGAUACUGUCAAUGAAUGCCAUAUCGUAGGAUCCUUAAAAUCAUAAGGAAAAGUAAAAGAUUAAGGAGCUUAUCUAAUAGAAAAUAUAAAUGGAAAUCAAUUACUCAAUCUAAGGAGUCGGAAAUCAUGAUGACCUACCUUAUGUACCAAGUCUAGUGGAUGAUAAGAAAUCAUAUUUAGAGAAAUAAAUAUCAAGUGUUAUUGAACCUUAGCAUCUAAAAAUCUUAUUUAUCCUUAUUAACAAUCUAAUACAAGAAGGAAAGAGAUUUAUGAGUACUGUGUAAAAGAUAGUGGGAAUAAUGAGAUUCCUGUGCAAUUCAUCGAACCAAAUCAAACAACAAAUUAUCAAUUGUUAAGGGAUAGUCGUGUUGGUAAAGAUCUACUUGCAAGAACCCAAUGAAAAUGAAAAACUAUUAGAUUUUAUUGAUGAUCUAUUAACAUAAACCACUUAAACUAGAAGAAGAUUCAGUGAAAAUAUUGAUCCAUUUGAAUUGAAAUUCCAUGAUAAAGAAAGUGUUACACUCCUUUAUUAGGUUAUCAAUCAUUUAGAAUCAAAUCCAACUUAGAGAAUAUCAAAGACAUUAAUUCAAAUAAUUCCAUUAAUAAUUAGAGAUUUGCAUGAACCAAUAUCAGCAUUGAUUGAACACUUUAAGAGGAACAUUAAAUUUGAAUGGAACAAUCAAUAAUUGGCUUUCUUUGGAUCAAUAUUACAUGCUACUCCAACCCAUUAUCAGAAAUUAAGAGAAGCAACCCUAGAAAGUGGUAUCUAUUAGAUGGCUAUCGAAUCUUAUUUACAAAACUAAUCUCUUGAAGUCUGGAGUGAAACUAAUGCAAAUUGCUUGAAAAUAGUAUUUUCUGUUGCUAUUGGAUCUAGAGAGUGUCAAUUAUUAUUAAAUGAAAUUGGAUUUAUACAAUAAAUCUUUUAACACUCUAAUAAUCAUAACCAAGUAGUGAAAGAAUUAUCAAAAGUUUGUAAUGAUUGUAUCAAUUUCAUUAAGAAUGAUGAUGGGCAAUACAUUAUUUAAGAAUUAAAAACUACAAUAGAAAAACUAACUAUGGAAAAAGAAUAGAAAUUUGAAUAAAGCUAUAAAAAUAAAAAACAAUAAAUAAUGAAGAAAUUUCAAAAGUCAACUUACAAUCAAAAAAUAUAAUCUCUAUAAAUAGAGAAAGGAUUAUAAUGUGUAGCUUGCAAAGAAGGUUAUUCAUUGAGUUCAAAUCAAUUGGGAAUUUAUGUAUUUUCUCUCCCAUAUCAAAUUCCAGAAGAAAAAGCCUUCUUGUCUAUGUAAAAAUAAGAAACAUAUGGUUUACAAAGUGUGACUUAUUUCACUGUGAUUCACUCGUCCUGUCAGAAAGCAAGUGUUGACUGUGCCAUAAAGUCUUAAAAAGAUGAAUAACCAAAAUCACAUGAUGAAAUAUUUUGGGAUUGUGCCAUAAAGAAUAAUGGUUGCAAAUGCAAUAACUUUUUACCAUUGAAAAAUGGAAAUAAUUAUGAAUAAACUUUGGAAAUCUAUUUCAAGAGGUGUGAAAAGAUAUUAAAAAAUAAGAUCACUUCGAAAUGUUGGUUACUUUUGAAUGAUCUCAAAGGAUUAAUCUUCAGAAUGGCUCAAUAAGAUGACUUAUCAGUUGAUGCUGGUGCAAGUACAUAUGAACAUAAUCUUAAACUCAUACCCAUCAUGAUGACAGCCAUCAUAUAUUGUAAUGUGUCUCAAUACUCACACCUUAUGUCAACUUAAUAAACUUCAUUUGAGUAUAUUUCCAUUGCCAUCAUUGUGGCUUUGUUCCAUCCCUAUCAAGAUUGGUAACAUUAUUUAGGUACAUAUUCAAAGGAUGCUAAUCCACAUUUGUUGAAUGCCAUUAAAAUAGUAGACACAAUCAUGGUUAAUAUAUUAUCCAAAGUACCAAAUGAUUCUAAUUAUCAAAAGGCCUUAGAUAAAUUCCUUAAUUAAGAUUAAAUGGAUAUCGUUUUAUAAUUUGAAAAAUUGCCUAUUGAAUACAAUAAAAAGUGA